AAAUGUUGCGGAAAAAGCCGAAAAUGCAGCAAAGGGAAAGGCCAUGUGGGCAAAUGUGAUUCGAAACGACAAGUAAAUUGUUUCUGGGAAACAUCGCCCAUUUUUAACAUUCAUAAGGAGCGCCAAACGCUCCAAGACAACUUUCGCCAUCUUCAAGUCCAAGAAGAUGCUUUAUCCAAGAAGGAGCAAGAUAUCUUGGCUUUACAAAGGGAGACAGAUUCUCUAGUGGAGGAAUCAGGUUAGUUUCCUACUUGUAAGUGGGUUAGUUGCGGCAAGAUAAACGGAAUUGAUUACUAUUUAUUCAUUUAUUUGCCGUUUUGGAAUUGUCAUUAUUUUGAUGAUGAUUCCCUAUCCUUGUUUAUAGAAAGAGCACUGCAAAAAUCAAAAGGAGAGAAAGAGACACUAGACAAAGAAAUAAGUGAAGCAGAGGAGACACUGAGAGAACUAAAGGAGGCAUAUGAGAAAGUGAAAAAGCUGUUGGAGCAGAAGGAUUAUUCCCGAAGACGAAGGAGUGCUGCUAGCACAUCAUAUGAAAUGAUUAAUGAUUAUAAGUCGAGCACUAGAUAUAGGAGAAGGGAAGAAACUAAAAACAUUUUAGAAUUUAUUCAUGGGGGUUUUGAAGCUUCAUUGUAUGGGGCAUGGGAUUUUUUGGCUGCCAAUGCAAGUAAUGAAACCAUGACCAAAUUAAUGAGUAGUUAUAAGAGGGGACGAUUUCUUCAGGGUAUUUUUGAGAGAGCCAUUAAUGAUUUUCAGAAGUCAGAAGAAGUACUGAAACAGUCUGUGGCACUUAAAUAUCAGAGUUAUCUGUCUAGAAGAAAGUAUAAUCUUGUCUGUAAAACACAAAGUUCAUUUUUUAAUGCUGAAAAAGAAGUCUGGCUGCCACGUAACAUUAAAUGUCUUGGAGUUGACUUAAGGUUACCCAAGCUCAGCUUCUCAGAUGACAAUGUUGACAAGUUUGUGAAAAGUUUAGACAUUGGUCAUGUCACACAGAUCCCAGGGGUAUCAGGUGUUUCUCGCACAGUCACUGGCCUGGUGUUUAUGAUUAUUGAUUUGCACUUGAGAGUUCCCCAUCUUUCUCGUAAACUUGUCUGGUUCAAUGAAAAUGAAAAUCAUUUUAUUUUUCAGUUCUCAGAUGAUGGAGCUCCUGAAACAAAUGAGCUGACAAUGUCAAUAGGAAGUAUGGUGUGCUGGAACUUUGGAGAUCAGGUACGAAGUAGGGACUUCCAGUACCUCCUCCACUGUGUAAGUGUAGAAGAGAAAGAUCAAAUAAUGCAUGACCUCUGGAAGCAGCACACUGAAGAGAUAAAAAUGUUGGAAGGUAAUGUUUUGACUGUUUGUGAUAAGGAGUGCACUGUUGAAUUUCAGCCUGGAGCAGACAUGUCCUGGCAGAGCUGGGCUGCCAAUGAACUCAACCAGGCAGCUACAUAUCCUUCCCCAUAUGCAAAUGUUCAUAAAGGAAACAUGAACACUAUGGGGGGUAGUAUUGGAGUGGGUAAAGAUGACACCUGGAAGCCUUACACUAUGGAAAUGAGAACCUCUAAUACUGAGAAGGUAAACAAUUUUAUCGCCUCUCUUCCCCCAAACCUUUCAGAAAAAAAUAAAAAUUCCAGAAAGUUGCAGUUUAUGGCUGAAAAUGGCAUCCGACAGUUAGGUCUACCAAGGAUUGGGCAUUUUGCAGACAAGUUAAGGCCAGAACCCAUGCACUGUGAGAUCAAUGCCUGGCAGCAUUAUAUUGAUCUCCUAUAUCUAGAGGCAGUAAGAAGAGGAAAGUUUGAUCCUUUUGUUUCUGCCCUGGUAGCACCUAUAGGGAAUAGAGAUGGAGAUGUUAAGGUGGGACAACCCCAAAAGACUCUUUUGAGGGUUUCUGAUAUAGACAGUGUUGGGGAACGUGCCAGAAAGCAGGAAAUGUUGCAGAAAUCAGAGGAGGACCUAAAACAAUACCUGCAGAAGACAGGUUUUCCUCAUGUAAGGCAUGCAACAGGUGAGGGGGGGGUGUGGACUGGGAUACUUGGCUUCAAGAGUAAAAGAACAUUUUAGUGAUGAAACUAACAGGUAUAACAAAUUACCAGUUAGGCUUAUUGGCAAUCAAGCUAUUGCAUUGGCUCGAUAUUACUACCGUUUAGUUGACACUUUAGAAAAUGAAGAUGAAACAGAGGCACAAACAAUCCAACGACUGGCUCUUAGCAAGAUAGGUGAGUAUCUGAGAAAUGCUGGGGGGCUUUUUAAUAGAAUAGAGACCAAUUCUGCUCAGGUUGCAGAACUGAAAGAAAUGUGUAGUAUGUAUUUUAACCUGAUGUCUUUGUUUUUUUCAUCCAGCGUUAAUGUCACAACAUGGACAAUUGGAUAUGCCAUUCCCUAUCAUGCAAAUUUGCUGUGUACAAGGUAUGGGGUGGGCUAUGGCAUUGUCUCUUUGCAGGCUAAAGAGGCCAAACAUUCUGGAGUGAAGGAAGAUUUGACCCUAACUAACCGGUCAAAUGUAAGUACUGCCACUGGUAAAUGGUGGCAAGUAAUGCGAAGUAAUUAUGUUCGCUCAUUUUACCUCCCAGAACAUCAACCAAUGCCCUCUUCUUAUACCCUCACACUACCAAUCACGUUCUCCACCACACUGUUACCAAUCAAAUGUUUGUAAUUGUGGUAGAAAUAAAGAAAACGAUUUGCUCAGUUGUCAAGUUUGUUUCUCUACUAUUAACCUUGUGACUUGUGCAAGCAGAGGUCUGACAGAAUCAGUGUUGUGUGCACUAAAACCUGUUGUCUGUAAACAGUGCAAUACUCGCUUUGCUGAUAACCUGUCAUUAUUGUCUCAUUUAAAGUUCUGCAAUGCCACUGAGGUAAGAAAGGUAGCUAUCCAGCCAACUUUGAUGACAGUACCUAGUUUAAAGGAAGCUUUUCGAAGUAGAGGAUUAAGCACUGCAGGUACUAAGGAAAUUCUAAUUAAGCGCCUUGAAGGUGCAUUGGCUGGGGAGGGGUAG